GGCCGUUCCUCCGGCCGUCUCCUACCCGCUGAGCGGACGCAGAGAGUCGAGGUCGGGCGUGCGCAGCGCCAUGAAGGGCCGCUGCCUGACGGGCGCCGCGGCGGAAGGGUUGGCCGGCUGAGGGCCCGAGCCGGACCAAGGCAUGUGGAGCCCCGGUGGGAGCCUGCUCCAGGCGCUCCCCCGGCUCCUGCAGCACGCCGCCCUCCCGGGCUGUGCCGAGCUGCCGGCCCGCUGGGCCCUGCCGAGGGCGGCGGACGGGGACGACCGGGCGGAUCGCCCUUCCCGCGGGGGCGGGGCGAGCGCGGCGGCGGCGGCGGCGGCGGCCUCGGGCGCCCUGCUCGGCGCCUGUCUGGAGCGCCACGGUCCGCCUGCGGCCUCGGAGCUGCCGGCGCUGGGCGGGGCCUUGGCGGGCGGCCCCGGGAGCGGCAGCGGCGGCGGGGUGGUGGUCGGCGUGGCGGAGGUGAGAAACUGGCGCUGCUGCUGCCUUGGCAGCACCUGUUGGUGCCGGAGCCUCGUGCUGGUCUGCUUGCUGGCCGCGCUGUGCUUCGCUUCCCUGGCCCUGGUCCGCCGCUAUCUGCAGCACCUCCUGCUCUGGGUAGAGAGUCUCGACUCGCUGCUGGGGGUCCUGCUUUUCAUAGUGGGCUUCAUCGUGGUCUCGUUCCCCUGCGGCUGGGGCUACAUCGUGCUCAACGUGGCCGCUGGCUACCUGUACGGCUUCGUGCUGGGCAUGGGACUGAUGGUGGUGGGCAUCCUCAUCGGCACCUUCAUCGCCCAUGUGGUCUGCAAGCGGCUGCUCACCGCCUGGGUGGCCGCCAGGAUCCAGAGCAGCGAGAAGCUGAGCGCCGUUAUUCGCGUCGUGGAAGGUGGAAGCGGCCUGAAAGUGGUGGCGCUGGCCAGACUGACCCCCAUACCUUUUGGGCUUCAGAAUGCAGUGUUCUCGAUUACUGAUCUCUCUUUACCCAACUAUCUGAUGGCAUCAUCAGUUGGACUGCUUCCUACCCAGCUUCUGAAUUCUUACUUGGGUACCACCCUGCGGACAAUGGAAGAUGUCAUUGCAGAACAGAGUGUUAGUGGAUAUUUUGUUUUUUGUUUACAGAUUAUUGUAAGUAUAGGCCUCAUGUUUUAUGUAGUUCAUCGAGCUCAAGUGGAAUUGAAUGCAGCUAUUGUAGCUUGUGAAAUGGAACUGAAAACCUCUCUGGUUAAAGGCAAUCAACCAAAUACGAGUGGCUCUUCGUUCUACAACAAGAGGACCCUAACGUUUUCUGGAGGUGGAAUCAAUAUUGUAUGAUUCUAACAAAAUGUGUGACUGUCAAGAGCCAAGUGUGCUGUCCGAGGUCUAGUGGUCACCUCACUAGGGGACAGAGACAAGUUUUAAUUGUAUUACGGCACAAACAAAACUGACUAGUUUUUAAAUUGCACAGUUUUUUUAAAGCAAGAAUCAUUUUCUGGGUAUGUAAGUGCAAAUGUAGAUGCAAUUUUGGCUGCACCUCUUUAUCAUUUAUUAUGCCCAUAAUGGCCUAUAGGUUUGCACUUUAGUGUUUUUUCUUUGUUUUCUUUCUGGGUACUUAUGAACAGAGAAAUAACCUAAAUAUUUUUCUGCUUAGUGUCUUUAUUUAUAAAGUCUAUGGAUAGUUGCAUUUUUCCUGCUUAGAAAGAUGGGUAAAAGUAUGCAAUCUGAAAUGUAUAAUAUUACUGUAUGUUCUUUGCUUUGGUAGUCUUUCCAGAAAGGAUAAACAGUGUGUUUUGUUUUGUUUUAUUGUUUUAAGUGGGACCACUUUGCUUCCUUUUUCCUUACUAGUUAGAAAAUAAACGUUAACUUUUGGUUGAAUGUAUUUUUGUAAGCAUCACAUUGUUGCAGGGCCGUUUACACCUGUUCACACAAGCUUAAAUCCUACAUUGUGGGACUGAAGUGCUCUUAAGAUACCUUUUUAUUUUCACUGUGUAAUAUGCAAAAGGGAAAUUAAUGAGUAGUGGCUCAAAUUAGAACUUGUGUUCUAAUUCCAUUACAUUAGCUUUAUCCUCGUUAGAUCUUUCAUCAAAGGGCUGUCGCAUUGCAGUCUUACUAAAAUAUUUUAUUAAAAUAAAAUUUUUUCCUUUUAUAUUUAUAAUUAGGCUUUGAAAUAAAGAUGCUGUUACUUUAAAAUGAUGGGUUUACCAUCAUUGAAGAUGUCACUCAGGUGGCCUUGCUUGAUCAAAAAGCCUUUUUAAAAAUCCGAGCUUUAAAAUCAUGUUUAUAAUUCCAUUGAAGUAUAUAUGUAUUUGUCCCCAUAGUCUUCAGCUUUAAGACUAUAAAUAUAAUGUUAACUUAAUACCCAAAUCUGUAUUAUUUGCCCUACUAUAGAGUAGAUUUAUUUUGUUUGUUUUUCAGUACUUGUUUUUCUCUGAUAAGACUCAGGAAUUCUGAAAUGUGAAAUUAAGUCUCUCAACUCUCUCUCUCAUGGCAUGAAUUGAGUGUAUUUAUAAAUAGCACUUAUGAGUAUAGCAUACAGUAAUUCGGCAUAUGAUUCAUAUGACAUAGGUAUUAUUCAUUUAUCACCUUAUAAUUUUAAAAUAGUUUAAUUGUACUUAGUGAUUAGUUUUUUUACAAUUUAGAUUAUAGAUAGGAAUGCAGAUUUUCUGGUAGGUAUAUCUUUUUUGGCUAUGAAGAUCCCACCUUAUCAGAGACCUUCCAUUUGCCUUUUCAUUAGGGUAAAACCUUAGCCCUCAUUUCAUAAAGUGUGAAAGAAUUCUUUGGAAGCAGAUUAUUCUAGUCUUAUGCUGGAGAUGCAUUUGAUCAUUUUAAUGGAUACUUUUUUGCCCUGUUGGAGGUAUAAUUGUUUUCCUUUCUUUCAUAAUACAUAAGUUUUCUUACCUUUGAGUAACAGUGAAGUUCAUUUAUAUGUCCAUACCAAGAAGACCUCAGUGCAAAUGAUGAGAGGUACCUGGGUUUAUAGCACUUAAUUGGCCUCCAAAUCCUUCCUGUUAUUGGUAGGAAAAAAUAUAGUAUUGGAAUGUUCUUGUUCUUUUUUGAAUCCUGAUUACUUGUUUAGCUGUUUUUGGUGUUUUUUUAGAAUGAUUUUCGUUUCAUAAUCCCAAUGAAUGAUACGUUUGAUUUAUUCUUUUCUGUCUAAGUUGACAAUAUUUUUCUUGUGCUUCUUGUUUGUUGGUUAGUUUUUGUUAAAGGAGUCAUUAAUUUAAGAUCGCUACUUUCAUACUUGUGUUAUACUUCAUGUAUUUUGAAGUGCAUUUAUUUACUUAGCAUUUUAUAACUUGAAUAAUUUCACCAAAUGAAUACCUUUUGGUAGUUUGUAAUGAGUUCUUCCAAUUGUUGCAUUUUGCUUGGUACUUAAAAUAAAUAUGUAAAGCUAAAAGAGAAAUAAUUUUUCUGUAUUCUGCCAAUCAUAAUUUUAUAUAAUAAAAUCAUCCAUUUUUACUUAAAAUAGUAUGGAUUUACUAUUUCUAAGAUACUGAAGCUGCAGUUUUCCUUUUCUUCAUCAUUUCCAGCCUCCAAGUAAACAACAAUCCGUGCUAUUUGAUAGCUCAGUUGAGUUGCUGGGUCUUUAGAUGUGCUAACUGUAAAUUGUAUAAAGCAUUGCCAUGCCUUGUUCACUUCAUCUUCAACCCUGUAUCCCAGAUUUAUGGCAGCAGUACAUUUCUACAGAAUCCUUUCAUGUUGCCCAGAUAUUGCCUCCAGUCAUAAAGUAUAUAUUUAUAAAAUAGAUGUUUUGGAUUUCUCAGACUGUUUAGGUGCAAUGUAAAGUAGCUUUAUGCACAGUUUAAAAGGCAUACAAUAUACCUAAUUUCCAAAUAUGAGG